AUGGCCCGCCCGUUCCUGAAGGCACCGGACCCCAUCGCCCUCGCCAUCGUCAUGCCAACAGAGAGCGCAAGUCUCCCGCUCGACAAAUUGAAGACCCCGCUUGGCCAACAAGAACCUGGAGUCCCGGCCACGAGACAAGUCAUCUCAGAGGGUAUGGGAAAGGAGACGUGCGGGUUCUUCAGAACAGGGGGAGGGAGAGCAGGGGUUAUGGAACGGGUUCAUAACAGGAGAGUACUAGGAGAAAUCAGUACUUACGCAAAAGUUAUCAACCUCUUUCCAGAACUCGCAGUAGUCACCUGCACAGCCGGCACAGGAGCCUCGAGAAUCGCAUGCCACAACACGGGUAGGUGGCUCUGCGGAAGCCUCUACUCGACCUGUUUAGGCCCCGCCGAAACAAUCUGCAAAGGCAAGACGGAGAACGGGGAGAGGACGCUCUGCUGGUAUGUCAAAACCCCGCACCGCUUUACUACCCCAUCCGCCUUCCAGCAAACCCCCUUUUCUGAUUUCAAUUUCAUAUCGGACACACUAACACAACCUCUUCUCUUCAAGCAACAUAGAAAGCCCCGUCUGCGGCACCCUCCUCCGCGGCUCAGGCGAAAGCCAGAGAACCGGCCUAGCCUGCUUCGGCGCCGACUUCAAGACGAAAUCCGUCCAGACCCUCGCGUCGAAUACGUGGCCGACCUUCAUCACGGACCCGCUACCGCCACCGUCAUCGUCAACAUCGUCGUCGUCUUCGCCUUCGGCUACGUCCAGGCCCCAGAUUGCGUCUGCGAAAUCCUGCGCUACCCCAACGACCGCCACACCCUCGGCGUCUGCGACGAGUAG